UAUCGGCAUUGCAAAGCAAGUUUUCUGGAAGCCGGACAGUAGCUGCGGCUUGUCCGUGCGUCUCGUUGUGUCAGCGUAACGAGUCCAGUAGCCUACCAACAUGACAACAAAGUGGGGAAUAUGUAGCGCCGGAAUGAUCAGCCAUGACUUUACUGUGGCCCUGAAGACCCUGCCCCCGGGUGACCACCAGGUAGUGGCUGUGGCUGCACGUGACCUGGGGCGUGCACAGGAAUUUGCCAAGAAGCAUAACAUUCCCAAAGCCUAUGGGAACUAUGAGGAGCUGGCCAAAGACCCAGAGAUUGAUGUGGUGUAUGUUGGCAACAUUCACCCAUGCCACCUCCCGGUGUGCCUGUUGUACAUGAACGCCAGAAAAAACGUGUUGUGCGAAAAGCCCUUCGCCAUGAACUCGAUGGAGGUGCAGGGACUCAUCGCUUCUGCUCGUGAAAACAACGUUUUUCUGAUGGAGGCCGUGUGGACACGCUUCUUCCCCGCCUCGCGGGAGAUCAGCCGGGUCCUGUCCCAGGGCGAGGUGGGUGAGGUGAAGGUGGUGAGGGUGGAGUUUGGGUUACCCUUGCUGCACGUGCCCCGGGCGGUGGAGAAUGAGCUGGGAGGGGGUGCUCUGCUGGACAUCGGGGUGUACUGCCUGCAGUUUGCGCUGAUGGUGUUCAACGGGGACAGGCCAGAGUCCAUCCAGGCCUCCGGAUUCUGCCUGGACACAGGUGUUGAUGAAGCCAUGGUGGUCACUUUGACAUUCUCUGGGAACAGGAUAGCUGUGUGCAUCUGCUCUAUCGCAGUCCAGCUCCCCAAUGAAGCCCUCAUCGUUGGGACAAAGGGGCAGAUCAGGAUCCCUCGCCACAUGUGGUGCCCCACCACCCUGGUGGUGAACGGGAAGGAAACGCAGUACCCGCUGCCCGAGCCCUCCUUACCGGUGAACUUCCCCAACAGCACCGGGAUGCGCUACGAGGCCGAGGAGGUGCGCCAGUGCCUGCUCAAAGGGCUGAAGGAGAGCUCUCGGAUGUCGCUGGCGGACUCGGCCCUGCUGAUGGAGGUCAUGGAUGAGGCCAGAAGACAGGUGGGGGUGUGGUACAGCCAGGACGUACCCAGAGAUCCUUACCAGUGAAGCACUCUCUCAUCUUUAGGCACUUAUCAGAAGAAUGGGGGCAUCAGACCUCAUGCAGGAACAUUUUCAUUCGGAUUCUUAUGAAUUUCUCUGAAGGGCUCGUACGAGUUAAUGUGCAUUGGCUGAUAUUAUGGAGCCAGUGAGGAGCCUUCAGUCAUCAGAUUUUGGCAAAUUUGGCAGAUUCAUUAAAAGAAUAUAUAAUAAUAAAAUGUAAAAAAAAAAAAAAACUUGGCCAUGCUACAUGGCAAGUUGCAUUUAUAUACAUCACAUUUUCCAAAUAGUUUCAACAGCAGUUUUGGUGGUAGAUUAUAGUGAUAUUGCCACAUCAAUUAAAGGCUCAAUACUGCAUUUCAAUUGAACUUGGGUACACCACACAAAAGCUUAAAGGUAUAAAAUGCAAGAAACCGAUUUGAAAAGAAUUUUGUGCAGAUAAACAUUAU